AUGUCAGCUCUUAAAGGAGCUUCGGCGCCAGUAUACUUCGGUUCAUUCAUCGUCACACCACAGGUUUUCCAUUCAACACCCCUCUCAUUCGCUUUGGUAAACCUCAAACCGAUCCUUCCAGGCCAUGUCCUCGUUUCGCCGCGGCGCGUCGUCCCCCGAGUGACAGACCUCACACCCGCAGAGACGAGUGACCUGUUCCUGACAGUGCGCCGGGUAGGCCGCAUGGUCGAGCGCGUCUAUGGAGCCUCGAGCUUGAACAUUGCCGUGCAGGACGGCGUGCAUGCCGGCCAGAGUGUGCCCCAUGUCCAUGCACACAUCAUCCCGCGCAAGCCGUCGGACUUAGAUCACCACGGUGGCACAGAUGCGAUUUAUGAUUUGCUUGAUGGCGACGAAGGGGAUUUAGGGAGGGCGUUUGAUGCUGGCGCUGGAGCUGCUGUGGGGGAUGGGGUCGAGGCUAAAGGUGGAUCGGGUUCAAGGAGGUCUAGAUUCCCAGUUGUGGAUAAUGAUAACAGACAUCCCAGAGGUGAAGAUGAGAUGAGGGCAGAGGCUGAGUUACUGGCGAGGGAGAUGGAGAUUGAGCCAAUUGAUUGA